UCUAAAGCGAAGCGGAUCACGGAACUCGUCGGUAAUUUUGAAGAUAAAGCCCAAUUACCGAUUAGCUCGGGCGACAAUAUCAUCGUAGUGAAGUGUGAAUGUUCUGAUCUUCAACAAGUUUACGUACGACAUAUUGGAAGCUAUAUUCGUGGUCAAGCGCGUACAAGCGAUGAUGGAGUUCUUCACAUCCUGUCUUCAAAUGGCCUGCGCAUUCAAAGGAACUGGAAUGGCGACGGCCUUCAAUGAUGAUAACCUGGUUCGACCGAUCCGUAAAUUCAUAUCCGACUUCGUCUACUACUGCAUGUUGGGCAUCGGCCCGUCGGCAGCCGGCAUGGUUACUUAUGGUAUACUUUGCGCAUCAACCCACAUAUAGAACAGGACAGCGAGAUGUUACAGCAAAUGACUGGAUCGGAUCGAGUGUGUUUGUCCGAUUUAUACACCGAAAAACAUUGACCGUAUUAUGAGUGCGGAACAAAUCACUGGAUUAGAUUUGAACCAAGCGACAAAUGCUUGCCUUCAUCUUAGUUUCACGUGGCGAAAGAUGAUGAAAGUUAAGCUACUGUCGGAACAUAUCCUGACAGCUCAAAUUUCAUUAACAAGAUCGCAAAUGCAAUUCGUUGCCCACAGCUGGUUGCAUGAGUUGACAACUGCAGACAGCUCAACGACUGCCUCUUCCAAUGACUUAACAAUCUAUGCUGAUGGGUCGUUGAUACUUGUUCAGCUCAAAAACAUUGUGGAAUCGUUAACAUCCUCGAAGAUAUCCAUUCAAAAAUUGGGUGCCGAUAUUACAACUAGCACAAAUGCAAUACUCCAUCGUUUAAAGUGGGCUUCUGGAGCCAACCCCGAGCUUGUUCAUCUGCUGAAAUCAUUUGAGCAGGCUUCUCUGCAAAAGCGAGACUUUUUGAACGAACAGCUCAUCUAUUUGGACAUUGCUCUGAAGCAUUGCAGCUCGGUUCUGAACUACCAAGUUAAUCGCAUGCAAAUCAACCGGCACGCUGAACAGGACCAAACAUUCGUCAACAUGAUCGAUAAAUAUAGGAAGGCCUGCACAAAGUUAAACUCAUGUUCAGCAAUGGUGAACCAGACGGAAGUUGCUCUUGUUGAAUUGCUGGAUCCGAGGGACAAAUUAAUCAAAUUUGGCUAAAUGACGUGAAA